CCCGCACCACGACCGUAUUCUCAAGCGAGACUACUUCAUCACUCUACGUACAAAGAAUAAGGCAUUAUUUAUAGAGAACGCUCUUAAAUUUCUUGAUACUCCUUUUUCGUAACAACAAAAGAAGAAUACACGAUGGAAGUUGACACACACGCCGUGACGCCUACAGAAUAUAUGGAUGAAGACCCCGUUAACAUGACCCAGCCAGCUCAAGAUGAACUUUACUCCGUAGCUGUUCUGAUUGAUGAGUUAAAGCAUGAAGAUAUUCAAUUGCGCUUGAAUGCUAUGAAGAAGUUACCCAUCAUCGCAGAUGCUCUUGGUCAAGAAAGAACAAGAGAAGAGCUUAUUCCUUUCUUGCGAGAGUCUAUUGACGAUGAUGACGAGGUGCUUUUGGCUUUGGCUGAGGAACUUGGAAAACUUACAGACGCUGUGGGUGGUCCUGAAUACGCGCAUUAUCUGCUGGUUCCCCUUGAAAGUAUUGCUGCUGUAGAAGAAUCAACAGUUAGAGACAGGGCUGUUGCGUCGCUCUGCACAUUGGCUGAUGUUCUUCCUCAAAGACAGCUUAAUGAAUACUUUGUACCCCUUUUGAAGAGAUUGAGCAUGGGCGAAUGGUUCACAAGUCGGACUUCGGCUACUGGUCUGUACGCUGCUGUCUACAGAAAGAGCUCGAAGGAGCUCCAGGCUGAAUUGACUAGUAUGUUCUCUCAGUUGGUACAGGACGAUAGUCCGAUGGUCAGAAGAGCUGCUGCAAAGGCUCUGGCUCAACUGGCUGGACAGGUGGCGCCUGAAGAUAUUUUCGAAACCAGCGUCAACUGGUUCCACAAACUUGCCCAAGAUGACCAAGACUCCGUUCGUCUCUUGACUGUUGAGAGCUUGGCUGCCCUGGCCAAGCUCCUCACACCUGAGCAGAACUUGGAGCACUUGCUCCCUAGCUUCAAAUCCUUGGCGGAUGACAAGUCGUGGCGUGUUAGAUAUAUGGUUGCCUCUAAAUAUGUUGAGAUUUCUCAAGCAUUCGGGGAGACCAUUGUUAGAGAACACUUUACAGCUGCAUUUAUCAACCUUCUUAGAGAUCCUGAAGGUGAAGUCAGAACUGCUGCUGCUGGUCAAGUUCCUGGCUAUGCUAAAUUGGUGGAGAAAUCUGUUAUUCUCGAAAACCUUUUGCCUUGUGUACGUGAUUUGGUUACUGAUGAGAACCAACAUGCACGUGCUGCUUUGGCAAAGGAGAUCAGUGGACUUGCACCUAUUGUUGGACAAGAAGCGACUAUGGAGUUCUUGCUCCCCACAUUCUUGCAGCAAUUGACAGAUGAGUUCCCCGAUGUUCGACUUAAUGUCAUCUCCAAUUUGGAGGUGAUCAAUCAAGCUAUUGGUAUCGAUCGUCUCUCACAGGCACUCCUUCCUGCUAUUGUCGAACUUUCUGAAGACAAGCAGUGGCGCAUCAGAUUGGCCAUUAUUGAAUAUAUUCCAUUGUUGGCUAAGCAAUUUGGAGCAAAGUUCUUUGAAGAAAAGCUUCUUAGUUUGUGUAUGUCAUGGCUCCGCGACUCUGUCUACUCUAUUCGUGAGGCUGCCACAGUGAAUCUGAAGAGAUUGACAGAGGUGUUUGGUGGUGAAUGGGCAAAAAAGGCUAUUAUUCCUCAGGUCCUUAAGAUGGCCACCGAGUUGAAAUACCUCUACAGAAUGAUCAUGGUGUCUGCAUUGACUACUAUGGCAGAGGCACUGCCUUACGAAAUAAUUAAUGAUUCCGUAUUGCCCACGAUUAUGAAAUUGGCUGAUGACCCUAUCCCGAAUAUCCGCUUCAGUGUCGCAAAAUCUCUUGAAGCCUUGGUUCCUCUGUUGAAGCAGACCGGAGACAAGGCUGGUUUGAUCCCAAGCACAAUAAAGCCGGCUCUUGUAAAGCUAAGCCUUGAUGGAGAUGGAGAUGUCAAGUUCUUCGCAACACGAGCUUUGGAGAGUGGCACUCUGAACUAGUGCCAAAGAUAAAAUGAAAUGUGGGCAAUGAUCAAGAGACAACGGAGUUAAGACAAGGAGAAAAAUGGAAAUGCGAGAGAAUGGUCUUCUCAUAGAGCAAUACAAGAUGUAUGAGAAGGUUUAUUUGGGGGUACAGAGCUCUCGUUACUUUCUUUAAUCUCUGUUUUCUUCUUUUGCUUUUGCUCUUUCGUCUCUCUUUUGUCUUGUAUAUUGUAGUUUACUUGUGUUAUUCCAUCCUCAUCAGUCUGUCGUCGUCUCUCUUUCUCUCUUUCUUUUUUACAACCCAAACCUUGUCUUAUUUUUCUUUCUACCUUCUUUCGCUUCCCUGCUACGGAACCCCUUUAAAAUAAAAAAUAAAUAAAAAAAGAUGAUACGUCGCCUUUGAAAUACCUU